CGCUUUGUAAGGGUUCUUCCCCUAACAUGGUAUGGUUACAACUGCAUGAGACUUGAGCUUUAUGGCUGCAAGAACGGUGGGCCAGUAUUUAAAAAAACUGGUGUGCAGUUCUGUGAUACGUUUGAAUUAUCUAUAACUAGACAGCAACUUCAACGAUGACACAAUUUAAUUAUUUUCGUUGUUUCUGCUGUCGUCUUGUGCUUUUUACUAAAGAGUUUAUUGCUGGAUCUCCCCCUUCAUAUUUAGACUUGAUUUCGUUUUUAAAAGUUGUGUUCUGUAUUUCUUCUUGUGACUGCCGAGCAGGUUUUACGGUCGCCGGUUCCAGGCCCUGUGUGCACGGAAAGUCUUAGAAUGGAAACUCGGAAAAUACCAGACUCUGCCAUCACGGCUUCCACAUUUUGGGGCUCUGGUAUUGAGCCACAUUUUUCCAGGUUUGGAUCGUGCAAAAUAAUGAUGACAUGUUAUAACUUUAUGAAAUUGAUUUUUGUACUGAACGUCCUUUUCAGCCCCCGACAACAAGUAACCAGAAAGCGUGUUACACCACAGGCGUCGCAAACUCACGAUUCAAGAAAUCGAUCAAAUAUUUAUGAUUUAUGUACGCGCAUCGAGUGGCACGUGACCACCUUUUUAAACUUUUGCACAUUAUACUUGCAGGCUGAUUCAAAUCACCAUCACGGAGCUUGGCUUACAAAAACUCGAGAUCAAAAUCAGUGGCUCCAGGUGAAAUUUGAUCAAAGAGUUGAAAUAAGACGUGUGGCGACACAAGGAAGACCAAAUAGUAACCAGUGGGUAAAAAGCUACAAGCUAAACUACAGCUCUGACGGCUUACUGUUUUAUCAAUAUCGAACCAACAAAAAUCAAACUGUGAGUAGUUUUGCUGAUGCACUGACGGUUACUUCCUUGUUUUCUCAACGUAGUUCAACUACUCGAAACCUAACUGACUCAGCAAGAAAGCGCAAUUUUAGUAGGUUGACAGAAAAUUACCCCAACCUUCCUCCUAGACGGGAUGCCGGUUGGUUUAUUGUUGGUUAUUUCACGCAUUUUCAGUUUGCAAUGUAAACUGUUCACUCGGCUCAUAAAAUAAUAUAAACAUGGUUGAUAGAAAGCAAGGUUAUACUGCAAGACCAAGAUAGUGAAAGACCACCUCUUCUGUUCCGUAGCGUAAUAUAGAUAUGUCAUAUCAAUCUCCACCUUGGGUUUUCAUAUACUGGCUAAACUCCAUCUUAGUUUUCCAUCAGGCAGCUUAUUCACAUGUGCUAUUGUGUACUUCUUCAAUCUAAUAGGUAUUCAUUGGCAAUUCAGAUAGAUAUAUGGUGGUAAGCGACGCGCUUACAAACCCGCUAAUCGUUGCUCAGUAUGUUCGUGUUCUACCUGUCACGUGGUACAAUUACAUUUCAAUGAGAGUUGACUUUUACGGCUGCAUUCCAGGUAAGGUGAUACAGCAGAUAUAUCAUGAUAAUUUACAGUUAUCUGAUAAAACAAAACAUGAUUCUUUAAGAUCUCUUUUGUCUGUAGAAGCCUUGCACGUGGAUGGAGCCCCUUCCUCGUGUUUUCAA